AUGGCAACAACUCAUCAUCACUAUAUUCUCUUUCUUUUCUUAACUCACACAUUAUCAACCCUUUGCUUUCACGAAGCACACAAAAAAGGAGGCUUCAGUGUGAAACUCAUUCACAGAGACUCCCCAAUGUCCCCGUUCCACAACCCCACCGAAACCCAUUUUAACCAACUGAGCAACGCUAUUCACCGCUCUUUUAACCGCGUCAACCAUUUCUACCCUAAAACAAAAUCCUCCCGCCAAAAGACACCACAGUCUGUGAUAACCUCAAGCCAAGGAGAGUACCUUGUGAAGUACUCCAUCGGAACGCCGCCGUUUGAUGCCAUGGGAAUUGCGGACACUGGGAGUGACCUAAUUUGGUCUCAGUGCAAGCCUUGCCAGCAGUGUUACAACCAAACCACUCCAUUGUUUGACCCUUCCAAAUCCGCAACUUAUGAACCUGUCUCUUGCUAUUCCAGCAUGUGUAAUUCACUAGGGCAAAGUUAUUGCUACUCAGAUACUGAACCGAAUUGCGAGUAUACCGUCUCAUAUGGGGAUGGAUCACAUUCACAAGGAAAUCUUGCAUUAGACACAAUCACGUUGGGCUCUUCUACAGGUUCCUCGGUCUCAUUUCCCAAGAUUCCCAUUGGCUGCGGUCUCAACAAUGCUGGUACCUUUGAUUCUAAAUGUUCUGGCAUAGUAGGGCUAGGAGGUGGUGCUGUCUCACUUAUCUCCCAGAUAGGUCCUUCAAUUGAUUCUAAAUUUUCAUAUUGUUUGGUACCAUUGUUUGAAUUCAAUAGCACAAGUAAAAUUAAUUUUGGAGAAAAUGCUGUGGUGGAAGGCCCUGGGACAGUUUCAACUCCAAUUAUUCCUGGUUCUUUUGAUACUUUCUAUUACCUUAAAUUGGAGGGAAUGAGUGUGGGGUCCAAAAGGAUUGAGUUUGUAGAUGAUUCAACCUCAAAUGAAGUUAAGGGUAACAUUAUAAUCGACUCAGGAACAACGUUGACCAUUUUGCUAGAAAAAUUUUACACUAAAUUGGAGGCAGAAGUGGAAGCACAUAUCAAUUUGGAACGUGUUAAUAGCACUGACCAAAUUCUAAGCCUUUGUUACAAGUCUCCACCAAAUAAUGCAAUUGAGGUUCCAAUUAUUACAGCACAUUUUGCUGGCGCGGACAUUGUGUUAAAUUCUUUAAACACUUUUGUUAGUGUUUCUGAUGAUGCAAUGUGCUUUGCUUUCGCCCCAGUGGCAUCAGGUUCCAUCUUUGGAAACUUAGCACAGAUGAACCACUUGGUUGGAUAUGAUUUGCUGAGGAAGACUGUGUCCUUUAAGCCCACUGAUUGCACCAAGAUCUAA